UACCAAUCAUGAAGUCUCCUUUUGCUUUAGCUGCUCUUGUCUUGGUUGCAUCAGCAUAUGUUUGCUAAUUACUCAUUUAAUUGCAUAUUCUACAACUUUCGUUGCAAAAUGUCAUUAUAUUUUUAAAAUGUACAUUUUGAAAGCAUAAAUACUAUCAAGAUACAUCUGGUUAUCUCCCAAGAGAUAAUAUUAGUCAUCUAUCUAAGCUUCUGUAAAGAAACAUAAUAAUUCAAAUUAACCCUUUGUUCUAUGAUGCUAAUAUGGUCUCUCUCCAUAGACAUCAACACCUAAAGAGUGAAGACACUUCAAACCAAUGGUUCCCAAAACACCGCCAGCCGACGCAACCAGCCACCACCACAGCAUCCGGGUGUAUAAAGCGAGGUCCGCUCCAUGUAAUGUAAUCCUGGUGACUAGUUUGUGGUUAUUUGAACAUCGGUGGUUUGACCGGGACCAAUGACGAUGACGUAAACCAGUCACCAGGAUUAUAUUACAUGGCGGCGCAUCCAUACGUCAGUGCGGUACUUCCUAUACUCAAUACCAACAUCACCACCACGAUCCUUGCUUACCCGAACAUGACCCAAACAACGCCAAUACUUCCUGACCUACCCGCUUUCAACGAUACACCAACGGCCCAUAGAUUUUUAACCAAUCUAACCGCACUCAAAUUAACAAGUCUUAAGAGAUUAAGGUUUAAUUCAACGGUUCAAAUAGUGCUUCAGAACACAGCCUUGAUCGGUAUUGAAAAUCACCCCAUGCAUCUGCAUGGGUUCAACUUCUAUGUGUUGGCUCAAGGGUUCGGGAACUAUGAUGCUGCGACAGCCACUAGUAGUUUUAAUUUGGUUAACCCACAAGAACGAAACACGCUUGGAGUCCCUGUUGGCGGAUGGGCUGUCAUUAGAUUCAGAGCAAAUAAUCCAGGUGGGUGGUUCUUUCACUGUCAUUUGGAAGUGCAUUUGCCAUGGGGUUUGGGUAUGGCAUUCUCGGUGGAGAACGGCGGUACACCGUAGUCAAUGUUGCCGCCACCACCAGCAGACUUUCCUCAAUGCUAGAAGGAAACGUUGAGACAAGCAUAGUUCAAAUGUUAA